AUGUCAAGCGAAGAUUGGUCCCAGAUUUUGCUCAUGCAGCAACAAAAUGAGAUCUUGGAAGUUGGAAAUCGCGCUGGAAUAACGCAGUAUCUGAACUGCAUUAUCGCAACCAUCGGUACGCUGCAACGGCUCCGUAUACUUUCCUUGCGAAAUUUCCUUCACAUGUUCAGCGAGAAUCCUCUUUGCGAUCUUACUCCGCUUCGACGUUUGCAACAGCUUGGAAAAAAUGCGUCUCACGAACAUACUCAUCGACAACCAAGUGUCGACGACUUUCUCACAGAGGCAGGAUGGAUUGUGUGGGCACAACGACUUGAGGAAACCAAAAUACUGAAUCUGGAACUGACAGCCGUGAAAGGUGUUACUGGUGCUGUCCUUGAGCAUUUUGAACAAGUCGAAAGCUCGGUGCUAUUGCGUGUUUCACGGAUCUAUAGUCUCACCAAUGCAGGCAUCAAUGCUUUUCGUAUCAUUAAAGGAUCUAGUAAAAAGAUUGAAGUCGUGGGGUGUUCAGGAUUAUCUCGGACAGAUGAUCUUCAUCCAGGAUUGAUGGAAAGGCAGCACGAUGUGGAUCUGGUCGGCAGCGAGUCUGGUGCCCUUUCAAACGGGAGCGCGAAUUUUUACGUACUUCCAUUUUCGGCGAUUGCAGUGUGGGCUUUCUUGCCCUUCCGUGAAAUUUGA